UAUCUCGACGACGCCGCACGCUUCACACGACUUUUAAUUUUACACGUUUUCUACAGUUAAUUUCGGUGUUGCUAUUUUAAUAGUGCUCUUCGUGUCGUUUUAUAGAGUUAACAAGGUUUUGUAGUGUUGGAACAUUCGGAUUACAUGAAUAAUUUUCAGUAAACACGAAAACAUGAGACUACACAAGAAUAUGAACCCAAAGGAAUUUUACCAUGAAAUAAAUUACAGUUGAACGCCAUUGAGCAAUCUGCCAAUAUGGCAAAUGAAAUAGACCAGUAUUGUGUGCCAGGGGCCACAAACUUUAACAAAGUAUACAGUCGACUUCAUGGCUACAUAGCUAUCGUAAUAUGUAUUGUGGGCUCCGCAACUAACUCAAUCAACAUCACAGUACUCAGCCGAAGAGAGAUGAUUAGUCCGACUAACUCGAUUCUAACUGGUCUUGCAGUUGCCGAUUUAUUAGUAAUGCUCGAAUACAUACCCUACGUUCUGCAUAUGAACAUUAAGAUUGGGCCACAAUUGAACAAGAACACAUACGCGUGGGCUGUUUUCGUUUAUUUCCAUUCGAUAUUCAGUCAAACAUUCCACACGAUAUCAACCUGGCUGGCGGUGACACUUGCAGUAUGGAGGUAUAUUGCCAUCGCGUUUCCACACAGAAAUAGGACGUGGUGUAGCAAAAGGAACACUGCAAUAGCAAUCAUUAGUGCUUACGUCAUAUGUCCCUUUCUAUGUCUCCCUAUUUAUUUUGCAAUGAACAUUACAAAAAGUGAAGUGACGCAGCAGAAUAAUUCAGAAUUCGCAGAGGACUUGUCUCUGCCAUAUAAUAGAACAGUGUAUGUAUUGGAGAUGUCCAGGAAUAAAGAGUUAGUGACUGCAAUUAUGUGGAUAUACAGUGUUAUUUUAAAAUUAGUGCCCAGUUUAGCAUUGUCAGUUUUGAGUACAUGUUUGAUAUCAAAACUAACAACAACAAAUAAAAGAAGACAGAAGCUAUUGAAACGAUCAACUAUUGGACCAAAUGAGCCAGAAAAGGAGUGCCUAGCAGAAGAAUCGUGCUCAGGGCGGAAGACUAAUAGAACAGAUAGAACAACAAGGAUGCUGCUGGCUGUACUCGGCUUGUUUCUUUCCACGGAAGUACCACAAGGACUCCUGGGACUCGCCAGUGCACUUGCUCCAGACUUCUUCAAAAGCUGUUACAACAUGUUCGGUGAUUUAAUGGAUGUAUUGGCGUUGUUUACAUCGUCGGUGAACUUUGUGUUGUACUGCAGCAUGAGUCGUCAGUUCCGUUGCACAUUUGCAAGACUUGCGCGAAGGAUCCUCUCAGCCCCCGAAGAACCCACCAAGUUUGCUGCUAAGCUGGAAGCCACCACACAGGUCACCGGUCCCCUGUAGCGACAGGGUCUCGCCCUCAUCAACCGUGCUGAAGAGGAUGUUAUAUAACAUUACAGGAAGCCAGUAUCCGUAGAUGAGAAUAAAAUAAACCCCAGAAAAAACGCCUCAAUAUGAAAUUCUAGUCCAUAUCGUUUAGUUAUACAAAAUUAUUAUAUAGAAAUGUAGAUAAUACUGUAAAUAUUAAUAUAUUUAACCAUUUUGUUUACAUUUGUAAGCUACGUAUGACAAAUGAAUUUAAAGUAGUUAUAACUUACCUAAUAAUUAAUGAAUAAACAUGUAUUAUUAUUGUUUGAUCUUAGUAAUUGCGUCAUUAUAUGAGCCAUGACGCAAAAACUAAGUUUAAAUCUUUAUGACGUAAAUUUAAAUAUGUUCAUGUUUGUUAACUACAAAAUAAAGAUUUACGUGUUGUAUUAUUCAAAGUGAAAUAUGCUUUAUUCAAUUAGGCUAAUGCUAAGCGCUUUUGAAUCGUCACAAGAAGUAGAGCUCGUCAGAAGAACACCCAAGAAACUCAACGGCAACUAUGUUCAAUCAAUAGAGUAUUUUCAAUGGCUGUAAUAUAAAAAACAAAUUAGUUUUUAAGGUGCUGCAUCCAAUAUAUGAACCGUGAUAAUCAAAGUUAAAAGCGUUUGAAAUAUCAAAUAUAUCACAACGAACAAAUUGUACAAAUAUAAAUUAUCCUAUAUUGGGUGCAUCGACCUUUAGGGCUUGAAUGGUUGUAGUUAAUAGCUAAUUGAAUUGUUACAAUUUAACAGCGGAAUAUUAAGAUAUAUUAGAAAAUUAUACUUGAAUGGCUAAAUAUUAACUAUUUAUUUUUAAUUAAACUGUACCGCAUAGAAUUUAACCGGAAAGUAAAUUCGGCUAGGUCGCUCAAGUGCGGCUUACCUUGUCUAAAUAUUUGGGUCAUUGCAUUUUAAGCAUUACUUAGUUAAUUACGAUCUGUUUACUGUAUAGGGUCCAAAAUGUUUGUAAAUAACAUGUACCUUUUUAUCUUUUAUGUAUUUUUGGAGGUUUACCUUGUUUAUUCCGUGUCAACUGAAUUGUGUAAAUUAUUCUGAUAAAUGAGUUAUUAUUUAAUAAUUAUGUAUUUAAAUUGACGAAUAUAGGAUCAAAAUGUUUAAUACUUUGUGUAACUAUGUUAUAUAAUCGCUGUACAUAUUCUGUGUGUAUGUGUAUAUAGUGCAUUGAUUUAUAAGGUUAAUAAAGGUUUUUAAUUUAUCAA